ACGUUCAUACCUCCUCGCGAUGCCCUUACACUACCGCCCUCAACCGCCACUAUGCUGAUCUUUCCCGCCAGCGUCGUGCUCAGUCCCCCCCUGGCGCCUCGCAUCCCCGUGGCGCCUCCUAGCCACGGUGUAGUGUACACCUGUGCCCUCCUCAGUAGUCGGCUUCCCGACAUCCCCGUCGCGGCUUGCCCCUAUGAGGUCUCGCAGGACCCGACAGAGUGUACUCAGCCCUUUGUCGUUGUACCGUCAGCGCCCCCGCAGACCACUGUCUCCCCUCCUUCCCCGCCGCGACUACCGACGCGUCGAGCCAUUCGCUCAGCCCGUUGCAGCGAGCAGCUUGCUACUCGCGAGGGCAUUGUGUCCUCUCUUCUGGACUUGAGCAUGCUCCAGGCUCGUCAGGAGCGACUCACCCUCCAUGUCGCUGCACUGCGUCGCCUUCUCGCCAUCCUCUCUGACCCUGAUUGCACCCUCCCGAUCAUCCCAGUACGACUCGGGACCUCCACGAGGGUGUACUCAGCGUUGUGGGAUUCCGGUUCUCAGGACGACUUCAUUCACCCACGCGUGGUGAAAGAAGCCCGCUUACCCACGACAGGGUCUCCGACUACCAUCUCCGUUACCUUAGGGGAUGACAAGACCCAGCGCUUCUUCGAUCAGACGGUCACCGACCUCCCUUUCUUCCUCACUCUCGAGCCGACUGAUCGUUCCCCGGCAUCUCGUCGCCACCGCUCCUCUGCACAUUUCGAUGUGAUGGAGACGGGGUACGACUUCAUUCUCGGCACUCCGUGGUCUCGUCGGUUCCACAGCACCGAGGCCGAUUGGGCGACCAACACUCUCGUUCUCAAAAUGAAGUGUGGACAGACGUAUCGCGUACCUUUCAUAGGUACCACCGCGACACCACGCCCCGAUCCUCCUCCCCCGGAGCCUUCCGUGCCCACACCAUCUCCUUUUAUCACUGUCACCUCGCCUCGACAGUUUGCUCACUUCAUCCGACAGGACGACGUCACCUUCUUUAUGGUGAACGUGACGGAUCUCUUACACUAUGACCCACCCUGUCCCCACACCAAGCUCAUCCCUCUGGAGCCAGACCCUCCUUCCAUCUCCAUGGCUCCCAUCGCUACUUCCGUCCCUCCACCGUCCGUCGAGUCCACCCAGCCGUCGCGCGCUGACGCUGACGCUGAGGAACUCGCACGAUAUACGACCGACUUGGAGCCCGCAGUUCGUGACCUCAUUCGAGAGUACAACGACGUUUUCCCACCGUCGUUCUCGUACGCUGGUAUCCCACCGAUGCACGACGUCGAGCACUCCAUCCUGCUUGUGCCUGACUAUCGUGUUCACCACCAGGCACCCUACAGACUCUCGAUCCCCGAGGCCACCGAACUCAAGCGUCAGCUUGAGGAGCUCCUGAGACUGGGUUUCACUAAACCCAGCAACUCCCCGUGGGGUGCACCCGUCCUCUUUGCUUGCAAAGCAGAUGGAACUCUCCGUCUCUGCAUCGACUAUCGCGGCCUCAACCGCUACACGGUUAAGAACAGCUACCCCAUGCCUCGUUUCGACGAGCUGUUCGACCGCCUAGCAGGCAACCGCUUCUUUUCGAAGAUUAAUCUUCGUAGCGGUUACCAUCAGAUCCGUGUCGCUGCAGCCGACCAGCCGAAAACAGCGUUUCGAUCGCGCUUCGGCAACUAUGAGUUUACGGUGAUGCCAUUGGCCUCACCAAUGCACCCGCCACCUUCCAGAGGGCGAUGAACGACAUCUUCAGGGACAUCCUGGAGCAGUACGUUC